AUGGAGUAUGGUUUUAUGUCUCAAGGGCGUAGGUGGGCUUACAAAUUUUUCAAUUUUUUUUCGGUUUCACGGCUAAUGAUGACGUUCUUCUUGAGUGCAGGCUUGCAGGCCGGCCGAAUUCAUGUGGUGAGCAAACCGGACGUGCUUCCUGUUCGCUGCGAUAUUCAUGUCCCCUGUCGCAGCCUCAGUGUGCGAGAUCGAUGGCUGAUAACCCUUUUUACGUGGAAUUACUUCAUGGUUUCUAAGAAAGGAGUCGGUGAUAUGGGGGACUGUAUGGGACCUCACCUGUAUUGUAUUGACAAUCAUAUUAACUUGUUGGCUUGCAGUAGCAAUUUCAUGCGCAACAAUCUUAGAGGCAUUCUUUGCUGUGUUCCGUUUCUUGAGAAUGUGGGGGCUAAGAAUACCAUAACCACUAAAUUUAACAAAAGAUUACUGCUCACCUUCACAGCCCAAUCUCCGCUGUACUACAUUCGGGAGCUCCGCGCUGACUUGAAGCCAGCUGUUCAACAACAUUCAAGUCUCGAACGACAAGAUGGUCGUCAAGCUACUCAAUGCUAG